AUGGAUCACAAUCAUCAAGAUCCUUCAACUGGACUUCUUACAAAAGAGUUUGCUGAAGGUCUUGGACAAUUCAUGGCAUUUGCUUCCAACCAGGAGACGACUUUGCAAAUGGGUAAGAUGUAUUGUCCUUGUCCUAUUUGUCAGAAUCGUAGAUUUGGUACAGUUAGGGGUGUAUGGAAGCACUUGUAUAGUAGAGGAUUUAUGGCGGGUUAUAAAGUUUGGUAUUCUCAUGGUGAAACUGAUUUGAUGGUCAAUUUUGGUAGUAUUAGUCAACAAAAUAAUUUGGAUGAAGUAGGAGAACAACAAGGUGGUGUAGAUGAACAUAUAGGUAAUGUUCAAAUGGUUGAAGAUAGGUUUAGGGUGGAGGAACCAAAAUUUGAAGCACAAAUUUUUUUUGAUAUGUUAGAUGCCGCAAAAACUCCGUUAUAUGAUGGUUGUAGAGAUGGUAUUUCGCCUAUGUCAUCUGCAACAAGGAUGAUGUCUAUUAAAACAGAUUAUAACUUAAGUGAAGACUGUGUUGAUGCAAUAGCUGAUUUUGUGAAAGAUAUAUUACCAGAAGAUAAUCUUUCACCAGCUACAUAUUAUGAGAUACAUGUUUCUGGGUUGGGUUUGCCCUAUCAAAUGAUAGAUGUUUGCAUCGACAACUGUAUGAUUUACUGGAGAAGGGAUGUUGUUCGUACUAGUUGUCGAUUUUGUGGCAAACCCCGGUUUCAAGAAACAAGAGGAAAGAGUAAAAUCCCGUAUAAGAUAAUGUGGUACUUGCCAAUAACAGACCGACUGAAAAGGUUAUACCAAUCCAAACAUACAGCGGAGGCUAUGAGAUGGCACGGUGAACACGAAAGUAACAGAGAAAUUUCUCAUCCAUCAGAUGCAAAAGCAUGGAAACAUUUUCAGUCAAUGUAUCCUAGUUUUGCAUUUGAGAGAAGAAAUGUUUACCUUGGAUUAAGUAGUGAUGGAUUCAACCUGUUUGGAAGGCAUCGGAGACAAUAUUCUCUUUGGCCCGUUAUCGUAACACCAUAUAAUUUGCCUCCAUCUUUGUGUAUGAAACGCGAGUUUCUCUUUCUCACAAUUCUAGUUCCUGGCCCUGAGCAUCCUAAGAGAUCCCUUGAUGUCUUCUUGCAGCCAUUGAUUUAUGAGUUGAAAAUGUUAUGGGAUUAUGGAGUUGAAGUGUAUGAUAUAGCUUCUAAGGAGAACUUUAUGAUGCGUGCAGUGCUUAUGUGGACCAUAAACGAUUUUCCCGCAUACGGGAUGUUAUCUGGAUGA